AUGAGUCAUAGAGUACAACUUCUUUUGGGAGCAUACCAUAUGACAUUUCCUUUGAAAAGUGUUGACAAAACGAUUGAGAUGAAAUCUGUUCCAUACGUAUGUUAUGGUAAUUGUUUGUACAUUGAGUCUAAAAUAGCUAAUGUCACAGGCAUUUCAGGAGUUAAUAGUAAAGGUUCAGUAGAAUAUAAAUCCUUCUGUUAUGCAGUCAAUUCAAUGUUCAUUCCAAACGUUCCUGUCAUAGCAACUCAUUUAGGUAAAUGGGUUCGCAUUAGUCCUCAUAAUUUGAAAGACAUGCAAUUCAGACUAGUUGACUUUCAGGGCGAGCCUGUAGAACUGAAGGCACCAGUGCGAAUGACUGUUGAAGUUGACUUUUUAGAAAAUAUUAAAUGCAACAGCUUACAAGAGAACUCAGAGCUAAAAAUAUAA